GAGUGAGAGUGGAUGGCGAGCGCCGCAGUGCACGGAGAGCGGCCCUAGGGGCCGGGAGACCUGAGCGAGGGUACAGGAAGGUAACUCUGACCGCCGGCGCCCGGAGAGCUGAACGCAAGAGCAAGACGGUAGCUUAGCGGUGCGUCGGCGCUCUGCGAGGAUGACAUCGCCAGUCGGCGGCGGCGACGACACUGGCUGGUCCUGAUCCCGGAGCGUAUUGCCAAUCUGACCGCACGCAACAGGUAGGUCCUCCCCCACACGUCUGGGUUCUGCAGCCACGGGAAACGGUCGCGACACGUCAAUGCGAGGCGUGCAAAACACAAUGCCUCGUGAGGGUCAUAAUAAUAUUGAAGCAGAGUAGACGGUGCAGAGGAGGAAGAGAGAGGACGUACGUAACGAUAACGACUACCGCACACGCACGGGAAGCGGGAAGGAAGGACAGUUUGUGCUGUAAACACCAGGCAGCGCGCGGCCUUGCAGCGUCGGAAAACACUCGGUACAGCACUUGCGCGAGAGGUUCGUCCCGACCAGGAAGUUUGGUGAGUCGCACUUCACGGACUCCUUUAAGAGAUGCUGCCGGCGUGGUUGGCGCUGUCCCUGCUGGCGCUGAGCACCGCGGCGGCGGCGGCGGCGGGCGAGGACAAGCCCGCCGCCGACGACGAGGAGGAGAAGACGCUGUCGCAGCAGAUCGCGGACGGCAAGUACGGCCUGAUCCAGAAGGAGCUGUACGCGACGGCGCCGGCGCGGCCGGGCGUGCUGAGCUACGCGGACAACCCCGAGGUGCCCCGCGACACGGCCGACACGCUGGGCGGCCUCGACUCCAGCGAGAUCUGGCUGGCCGAGAACCACGUGCUGGUGCUGCGCGGCGGCGCCUUCCCCGAGCGCGGCGACAACAGCACCGCCUGGCCGCCCAUCGACGCCUACCAGGCGCCGCCGCGCCAGGUCAAGAUCCCGCCCCGCCCCAAGGUGCCGCCGCCCUUCCCCGUGCAGCUCAACGAGGGCGGGCCCACGCAGCUCAUCGGCCCCAACGGCACGGCGCUCCCGCUGCCCCCAGGCUCCUACUUCCCGCCGCCGGGGGACUUCCCUAUCAACGGGUCGUCGUUUCCGCCGCCUUUUCCGUAUCCGCCGCCGGGCAACGGGUCGUUCUUCGCCCCGCCGUUCCCGCCGCCGUCGGGAAACGUAUCGACGGGGAACGGACCGUACUUCCUACCUCCGUUCCCCGGACAGCCGUACCCGCCCAUCGAGAACGGAACCCUUCCUCCGUUCUUUCCACCGCUGCCUCCGGGGGCAGCGAUCCUGCCGCCUCCCGACAACCUCACCGACCUGUACGACGAGGACGACCCUUCAAUAUACUAUCCGCCGCCCUACGACUUCUUCUACCCGCGUGACAACUCGACCGAGGUUCCCCCCGGGCCUCUGGUGCCCGGAAUAAUACUCCCUCCGCCACCCAACUUCUUCGCGCCGCUCGUCGACGCCCCCGCGACCACCGAGCCACCUUCCGAGAGCAUCACGGUUCCCCCGCCCCCGACCACCGUCCACAAGCCACCCACAACCACCACCAAGACGCGAAACAAACCUCGUCCCACACCGACCAACAACUUCGGGCCGACUCCCGUUCCCAAGUACGCGACGCCUCUCAAACGACCUCUUCAGGUGGAGAUAACGCAUGGCGGCCAAUCUCCGCUCCGGUCACCGGUCGUGUACGACGACAACCUCGUCAUCCCUCCGCAGGAGUACGACGUGCGAACUGUGGUGUUUCCGACGGAGGUCCCCAUUUCAUACGACGUGGCUCCCGUCACCGACAUCGUGGUUCGCCUCAAGUCAUCGUCGCAACCAACCAAACCACGCCACAGGAAACCUCACUUUCCGCUGCAGUACUACGAACUGCCCCGGGAUGCGUACACAGCAAACCGGGUCUUAUUUGAUAAACCAGUGUACGUCCUGGAGUACGAUUCUCGCCAGUACCAAUCCCAAGCACCAGCUGCCAAAAACAUCCCACUGAUUUCCACAUACUACAAGAACGUUGACAACAGAGUGUCACCCACGCCUCAGCCAUAUCUCAGAGUGAGCCCCACUCCAAAAGCUUCGUUCUACUUCUACGAGGAGGCAACUACCACCACCCCACGACCGCCACAAAGACAUUAUCAACUCUCGAAACAGCUGACGCCAGACCAGCAAUACCUGCUGCAGCGAAUAGCCAACGGCGAGUACGAAUACGAAGACCCGUGGACGAGAGCUCCCUCGCCCAACUACUACUGGGGCCCGACCAGCCCGCGACCUGCGGACUACAGCUACGAGGGGUACGCCACCCCGGCGCCGCCGCGGAACUACCAAUACCGGCAGGACCCGGCCCUCACCAGCUCGAUCACCAACUACCGCAGCACGCCUAGGCCCACGACGCCCAACAGCCUGCUGCUGCAGUACACGAGGCAGGACGCGGCCCUCAUCGACGACAUCACCAAGAAGUACUUCACGGUGUUCGGGCAGAAGCUGGGCGGGGAGGCGGGCGGGCCGACCACCCCCUUGCCGCCCGCCGAGCGGGGGUCUCUGCACGGUGACACGCUCGUCAACUACCGGCGACCCCUGCCGCCCGUCAACCCGCUCAGCGAGUUCAUCGGGCAACCGCAGCGGCAGGGGCAGGGGCAGGGGCAGGGGUCGCUCGUGUCGUACCAGCUGCCGGGCAACGAGGGGGCCCACGUGUACUUCCUCACCCCGCGGGUCGUGGAGCGCCAGCAUGACCAGGGGUACGUCUACGUCACGCCCCCGCGCGCCAGCCAGCUGAGGUACCGCAGGAACAAGUCUCAGGGGAGCGCGUGAUGUGCUCUCGGCGUGUGCGGCGCCGGUGACACGACAUGCCAUGUGACAACUGCAGUGGAGGGGUUGAACAUGACAGUGCCAUGACUUAGCGAUACGUUAGGCUGUAGUGGCUGUGACAUUCCGCAAAUUGAACCACGGUUAUUUAUUGUGAACGGUGACCAAUGACUACAGUAAAAAGAACGCAACCAUUAUUUUUCCCUGCAUCAAUAUACAUACGAAGAAAAUAUUUCUAUAAAAAUUGACUUUGCCAUGUUGUAAAUGAGUGCUGUAUUGUGGUACAUGUUAAAGAUACAAAGAUAAUAGGGUAGUGUAUUAGAAAAUGCCUAGGUUUAGUAAUGUGUUUGAGCUAAGUGUAAACAUAGUAAAACACCAGGCAGCAAAUAUAAAUGCAAAAGUCAAAAACAAAACAAAUUUAUAACUUAAAGAGUCUAUAAAAAUUCAAAUAUCCAUAUUGAUUCAACACUUACUGAUUUUAAUAGAGAAAAUGACUAAGUCACUGACAAGCAACUCUAAACAUUGACUAAUAUUGAAAUAUGACUACUGAAUUUUUCAAACAUGCUAGUUGAUAUGCUCUGUACAAUGUUGUAGGUCAACUUAAUUAAUUUGUGUAUCAAUUUAAUGUUCAGUUUUUUUAACAUUGAAAAAAAGGUUUUAUGAAAACAAAUGUAGGUAAUGCACAUGUGCAGAUUUUUUUAAAGUUCAUAUAGCAUUGCAUAUUUAAAAUUAGUUAUCUUUAUAAAAAAUUGUAGUUAUUUCUACCAAAUUAACUGUUUUCUUGUUGACAUGCAUGCAGCAGAAAAGAUAUUAAUUACUAUACAUUUUUCAGUUUAUGUUACAGAAAACAUAUAGUGUUUAUUUUGUAUCAAUCACACAUAGUUUGGUUGAUACAAAUGUUAUUACAAAGUGGGGAAACAGUAGUCCAUUCAGAUUUGCAUUAAUGAAAGUCAAUGUGUUCCUUUUACCAGUACAUGUUACUUCUGAACUUUGUUAACACUUCCUUAUUGGAUAUUUAUCAUGUUUUCUAUGGUGUGAUGAUUUUUUUGGUAGAAAAUCUGUAAUAAUGUUAAAGGUAAAUGGUACAUUGAAGUGAAAGCUGUCUGGGAAUAGUAAAUUUUACAUGAUUCAAAAAUAGUUUUUUAGAAAAUUUAAAGAAUAAAUAUAUCAUUGGAUACAAACAGAAGCAAUAAGAUAACAAAUAGAAAAUUUUCUUAAAUAGUUCUGGUAAAAAACAUGGUAAUUAUUUAUAAAAACCAUGUGUAUGUCAAUAGUUCUCCAUUAAAGUAUUUUGUUAAAAUAAACAGUAUGGUUAGUUACGAGCAAAACAAUUUUUGAAGUGAAUAAAUAUUGUUUUUACUACAAUAGCCUCAUAUAUAAGAAAACGUUUGUUGGUUUUGAAUGAAGAAUGAUUUUUAAAGCUUUGAUGCAAAUCUGCAUUUUUUCCCCUCUCAUUGGGGAACAUGAUGUGUUGGACACUAACCCUAACCAUGACUCAAAUACAUGAGCGAGGCAUUGGUACCCACUACAAUCUGGGAGAUCCCUAUAUCCUGUCAUCUUGAACCUCCAUGCAUGAUUUGCUACGUAAAACAUUUCCUUUAUGUUGGUUGUAACUGUGUCACAACCUAUCCGAAAACUCAUGGUCCAUUGCUAACCUAACCUACCACAAAAAAUAUUCACGAGGCUCUUCCUGUCUAGCAGGUAAAACUUUGUUCCACUGAUAUGAUCACAUCUUGGGUAUUCUGAUAUAAGUUGAAAUAGAUCAUUUUGUAUGUAAAAAAAAUUCAUUCUAAUUUACUUUCAGUGUUCUACAGCUAUGAAUUAUAAACCUUCUCUAUCACUAAAUGAUAAAAUGUUAAGGUUUGGCAGGGAUACUUAAACAUCACUGUUUUCUUGAAAGUUAAAAUUAUUACCAUAGUUUCCACCAUACAAGAUUGCACAGCAUAUCAUAUUUUUAUUACUAAAAAUUGGGGAAAAAAUUUUACAAUUUAAUAUAUGUUGUUAGGUAACUUUAGCAUGGAAGGAGCACAAACUUGAUUAUAUGCAGUCUAAAACUUUUUGGUGGCCUCUUAAUGAAAAAUAUUUUUGAGUUUAGAGAAGCUGUAAAAGAAAAUUUUAGGUUACUCACUCUCAGAGUACCUUAAUGGAUGUGUAAUGUGAUAAAAAAGUUAAAUCAGGCCUUUACAAAAUCUCUGAAAGCUUAGGAGUAAGAUAAAAUCUAGGAUACAGCAAUAAAAAAAUAUACUUUAGAGUAGUUGUAAUUUAAUACUAAAUGAUACCUAUAAAGAACUAUGUACAAAAUGAGUAAUUAGUUAUCUAACUUUAAUUUACAUACCAUCCUGGUUUCUUGGACACAGUCAUUUCUUUACCAGAUUAUUGAUUAUUGGCAAAUGUUUUCAAAACCACUGUAUAGUUUAUAACUUUGUAUCUUGACAGUAGUUAGUCACCAGCAAGGAAAUGUUAGGCAUUUGUGACGACCUGGUACCUGGGAUUUGUAACUCCCCGAGCUAAAGCCAAGUAGUUCUAAGGGUUUUUUUACUGGCAGAACUGUAAGCUACUGUAAAACAUCCACUCAUAAUGGGUGGAGCACAGACCAGUGAAACACCCUAACAUCUAAAAUAACUAGUGAUCGAUGAACCAUUACGUGUCCCAGUGAUUUGUAGUGCACCACCUAUAAUCUUGAAUUUACCUCAUACUAUAUAAAUUCAUUACUUUCAAUUGUCAGUAUCACUAAACACUACAGAGAAAGGUCAGUAAUGGAUCCACCUAGUCAUGGGUCUGUUUGUGUUAGUAAGGCAGGACGAUAAGGGAGAUGCUCGCUGGUACUUCUAGAGCAUUAUCACAUCAAAGGGCACGGCCACAGACUGGCAUGCAGUCUUCUUGUGCAACAGACAACUAUGAGAUAAUAAGAGGUAACCAUAACAUUGUAUGGUGGGGAGAUUAAGAUAAAAGUGUAAUGCAAGUCUCUUAAGUGCUUUCAAGAAUCUGUACCAGGUGUUUUAUGCCUAAAAAUAAUAUGAAAUCUAGCGUUUUAUCAUUUUCACUCUUCCAAAAAUACAAAUUAGAAACAAAAUACAGAAACAGAACUACUCAUUCACUUCAAGGCAUUCUUAAAUGUUUUUCACAAACAGACUGUGCUUCGAUAUCUUGAGUAAUUUUCAAAUUUUGUCAUUUUUUUCUGUGCUUCGAUAUCUUGAGUAAUUUUCAAAUUUUGUCAUUUUUUUAAGUUCUGCCCUGGUAGUUUAAUCCUUGGCCAACCAGAUUAACGAUUUUGCCAGUUUCUUGAAUGUUGAAUUAGUUUCAACGGUUAUACAAAAAGUGAAAAUGAGAAAUUUCACCUACUAUAAACCGGAAUCACAACUGACAUUAAACCAACAGUCACAAACAAAAUAAGCUGGCAAAAUAGAAAUGCAAUCUGGCGGCCAAGGUCAAAAAACGGAAUCCACCCAAAAUAAUUUGAACGCAAGUGGCUCGAAUGGUGCCUGAUUACAUAAUGUGCUGAACCAUAGAAUACCGGAUUAAAAACCUUUCACUGAACCAAAUUUAAUAAGAAUUUUGAAAACCAUUUAAUGCAAUGGAAAUAGUACAUAAUUCAUGCACCCUGCAAGUCACUAAAUGUGUACUUUCAUGAACUAAACAUCUUUAAGCCAAAUUCUGAGUAGUAAAAUUUAUUAACUAAUUAUUACUACUCCGCAUUUGAAGUGUCUUCUAAAAAAAUUGAAGCAUUUUUUUAAGCUCAUAAAUGUUAAAUUUUUUCAUACGACAAUGUAACUAAAUUAUGCUUUAAUUUUUCUUUCCAGUUUACCAGAUUUAUACAACAGGGAAUGUAAGCACAUGUUUGGGCUUUGUAAAGACUUGACUCAAAACUCGACUUAUUCAUAAAGUUCCUAGCUCAUGAAAAAAUAUUGUAAAAAUAAGUAAAUUUACACAUUUUUUUAAAACCAAAAUACUACUACAUAAUUCAUCCACAGUGUUUCAUGAUAAUGCUGACACAUUGCAAACAAACAUGGUCAUAUACGCAAACACUUCUUCUAUUAUGACUAGACUAAUUAGCCAAAUCUAAAAUUGUUUUAACUUUUAUGGAAAUACAAGUUCAAACUACCUAAUUAAUAAAAGAAGUAGAGUAGUAAAAUUUAUUUUCUUUGUGUGGAAAGAGGAUGAGGAAUGAGCAGCUUUUCUCCUUUCUUGGGACAACUGUUUCAUGUUUAUGUUAAAUAAUCAAGGAGGGUAGCAGGAAUAUAUCAAUGGGCAGCCAGUUGAACUCAAAAGCAUAAGCAAGGGUAAAAUUUCUGCUUUGUGGAAGAAAUGUGACUCCUCUUAUCUAUUUGGAUCUGAACAUUUUACCCACCCAUGGUUCCAAGGCACGGAAAGGCAAAAGCUAACCCACAGCUUGUGUGGUGGUUGCCUGGUCACACAUGAAGGUAAUGUAUAAUGCUUUCAGUAAUGGCAGUAAAUUGGACAAUAUUGAUGUGUAACAUCUCUGCUAUCGGUAUACUGCAUUAGGUGGGAGUAAUUUUGUGGAUGCAAUGGAAGUAACGGAAUGGAAACGUGUAACUACGGUGCUGCCAUCUGUGGUGUAUGGAGCAAAUCAAAGUUUAAAAAGCCAAAGAGAAACUUCAUAGUAUUAACAGUUUAGCAUUUCCUUCAAGUCUUUUACACUUUCAUCGGAGCCGUUUCUAAUAGUUUAAAAUUUCCGUCUUCUAAGCAAAUGUUCUGAUAGUCUAUGUAGCCAACGUGCUGCUAUCAACACGUGAUGAUGGUAGCGGCGAGUGCGUAAAGUACGCAUGAGAUACUCAUUCAGAAAUUUACUUGAAAACAUAUUUUGCGUAUAUGUAACAUGCUCUGGAUUUAACAGCGCGAAUCAUUGCAAUGUGGAUUUUCUAAUACAUUAUAAAUAUGCUGCGAAAUUAUUUUUAAUAUAAAAUAAAUAUUGUAUAAGUGUUGUAUUAAAAUAUUCACUGGGUAUCCACUGGUCGUCGAAAUGCCUCCAUCUAUUUCAACAAUAGUUGAACCAUCACUGCUAAAAGAAACCUAUUUCCUCUUAAGCCGCUUGAGCCACGACCCUCCACAAGUCACAGGGUUUACGUCACUCUCUCACGAGUUACAAGCCUUAAAGGCUCAUUACCGAGGUUAGAUGUUACACAUCACUGGCGAGUACUGAAGGAAUAGCAGACUUCUUUUUAACAGAUUAUGUGUUAAAAUGAAGUCAUGGGAAAAAUUAAUAUCCUCACAUACUUGAGAUAUACUUUUCCAAAUAGCACAAGCUUCCAGGAUUUUAUUGGAAUUGAUACAGUUACGAAGAUAUUAACUUUUUCUUCCACUAUCUACAAGAGUAACGGCAUGCAUAGAAUAUGACUUUAUAGAGAUUACAUUUAAUUUUUAGAAUUUUAUAAUUAAAUUUAUUAUACAUAGCAUUUCAUCCACUGUAUUUU